AUGCCGUCCGUACACCUCUCUGGUCCUCCCAAAGGACACCAGCCCAGCGGUCCGUCUUCAAGACACAACAGCCCGCCAGAUUCCAACACACACCUCGUGCCUGCCAAAGCACCAGUGGCGUCUGGAACAAAGCUGCCUGUACCCACGCCCUCUUCGCACCCUGGUGUAUCUCAGCCAACGCAUCACCCAGACGGUGUCAGUCCGAAGCCGUCGGAGCCACAUACUACAGGCGGUGGACUUCCCAAGCCGACAACAGACAAAAAUGCCACUGUCGAGCAUCCGCCAAACUCGACUCCCACUGGCGACCACGGACCUCAUGCACCAAGCUUCCAGACAGACUGCUAUGUCCCGAUCCCGUCUAAAUUAUCUCCGAGUGUUGUCGGAAAGAACGAGCCGACGGUGCCACAGCAUCCCAGUGCGACGUCUGCGCCCUCGGAUAUACCACGGAAGCAACACCACAGUCCGACUUCUGCGCCCAUCGACCACGAUCCCAACACCCCGGCACCAACUCACACUGGCUCUGGAGCAAGCAUUUCACCAGAACCGCGCUCUGCUGGCCCGGUUUCGCAAGCUCCUAGCUUCAUCUUGCACAGCGAACCAACCCCCCGCCCCAGCGUCGCUGAUCACCUCAAGGACAUUGGCUGGGACAUGGCGGGUAGCUUGGCCACUGGCGUCAUCGGGGCUGGCAUUGACAUUGGGGCACACGCGGUAGAGAAUCAGAUAGAUCAGGACUAUGCGAAUGCAAACGUCAAUGCGAACCUGGUCCAAGGCCACUCUCAGGAGGAGGUACAAGGCCAAGGAAAAGAUCAAGGUCAAGAUCAAGGUCUUGACGGGGAUACCACUGAAAGCGACCAAGUCAUCCCACCAGUUCAGCAUGCUGUACUUACACAUCCCACAUAUUCCACGGGCGAGCAGACUAAUUACGACACUACUGAACAUGAACAUGAAAACGGUGACUAUGCCGAAGACUGGGAAGUGUACGACGACUACUACACCGAGGAUGAUGCUGACGGAGAACACGACUAUGACCAUCCGGGUUACUACCCCGACGACAACAUGACCGGCUAUCAUCACGACCAUUACGGAGACCCUGAGCAUGAUACACUAGGUCCCCACGCCGGGUAUGGUGACCCAAGCGUCCAUGCUGUUGUUGGACACGUUUUCGGGGGCGAUGCGAUGAAUCAACCUUAUUGA